AUGAACGAAAUAAUUCGUAAUAGCUUAAAAGGCUGGCAAGUGAUUGUAACAGAUAGUAGUGGUAAUAUAAUUGAUGAAAACAGUAGGAGGCGAUCCAGAAGGGGUGGGUCUGAAAGGAUAUUUUUGCAGAGGAUAUCGGAUGGUGUGAGUUUUACAAGAGGUGACAGCAUAUUGGUAAAUGACAAAACUACUAAAACAUAUUCAAUAUAUUGUAUAAACGAAAUAAGAUUAAACACCCUGAAUAAUCCUGUUGAGUUAAUUGGGUUCACAUAUUUAAGAUGGUUUGAAGUUGCUCCUUUGAAUUAUUAUAAAGAACUUUCUCCUAGCAUAUACGAUAAUGCCUCUAAAUCAAUGGAUUAUUAUAAAGAUAAAUUUUUGAAAGAAGUUAAUAAGAAUGAGAUAUUUCUAACUGCUGAAUUAAGUGAAAUUAGCAUUAAAGAUUUCAUAAAUGUGGCCAAUGUUGUAAUCCCAGAAAAAUGGAAUAACGAAUCUAUGAAGUUAGAUCAAGAUUUUAUCUUAAAAUACAUUUGUGAACCAGAUUCUAGUAACUUUACUGAGGUAAAUUUUGAAAGCAUGAAGAAGACGUUAGUAGAAUAUGAUCCCAAAUCUUCAGAAAACUAUUUAAAAAGAUUAUCAACUAGAGCUAAAAAUAGAUUAAAUACAAUUACAAAGCCAAAAACAGUUUGUAAAGUAGAAGUUAAAGUAGAACCUCCAUCUCUAAAUUUUGAAGGCGAGUCUAAACUAUCUUCGAAACCGCAGCCUAACGCUGUUAUUAAAGCAACAAGCGUAAAAGCAACAAGUCUAACUACACCCUCUGAAACAAACACAAAAUCGAGUAAAAUUUCAAGUAGCGCUAGCACAUUAGCUAAUGAAAACACGUCCUUAAGUCUACAACCAUAUACAAAUGACAAACUACAAACUAAUGUUACUGAUAUAAAUCAGAUACCGCCGGUUCAUGAUGCGUCUAAAGAAAGUUUUGCCCAAAAUUCAAUAUCUAAAACACCCAAUCAAAAUAAUAACACAAUUAAAAAGAAACUCAAGCCAGAAUACACCAAAUCCGAAUCAAACGUUGUGUCGGUAACAGAAACGGGCAUUGAUACUAAUCUGUCUUCAAAUACUUCCCAGUCAAGUAUUGGAGAUUCAUCGCUCUCAAAUUUUACAAAAACUUCAAUAUCAAAUUCUACAAAAUCUAACAGAGAUGAAUUGAAUUCUAAUAGCGAUGAACCUGCUAUACCUUUAAAUGGAAAUAACAACAUUAAUGACAUCCAAUCUAAUGUAAUGAAAAAUAAAGCACUAAUGGAAGGUAAAGUUGUAAAAAUAAAAAGUAGAACAAUGGUCGAGCAAAUAAAAGGGAUGCAACAUAAAUAUAGAAAAUACAUUAAUGUUCUAAGGACAUUAGAAACUACAUCUGACGAAGUUGUUAAAGAUACCAAAAAAAAUUCUGUUGAAGUUGAAAAUUAUCCCGCAAAUAAUUCUUUCGACGAUCUUUAUCUUAAACCUUUGGUUGGCUUUUGUGAAAAAGUUUGUAAUGAUAAUAAAAAAGAUAUUAUAAAGAAAUCAGAAUACAGUCGUAUAUUUUGUACAAUUGUUUCCUUUUUAAACACAGAAUCAAGUGGCUACAUACUUGUCAAAGGUAUCUUAUCCACAGGCAAAACAUUCACAAUACAGAAGAUACUACAAGGACUACUUGACUAUUCUCAUUCUAAAAGUAUAUUACAGAUUGCUAAUAUUUCUCUAUCUGACUCCAUUGAAGAUGAAGAUCAGUUUUACUCGGAUUUAUGGAAUCAAUUAACAGAUGAAACCUUGAACAAACAUCAGAGCAAAGAUGCGUUGAACUCAUAUUUUCUGCAUGUCAGCAAAAGGAAGAAAAGACACACUCUAAUUAUAAUGGACAACUUUAAUCCUGAUAAAGUAGUACAGACAUCUUUUUUAAAAAGUGUUAUAAAUUGGAGUGCAAGCCAAGAAUCGAAACUUAUCGUCGUCAGUAUUUCUCGUGAUUUUAAUAUAAGUACACUAGGACUCUCAUCUGAUAUAUUCAAUAACCUGAAUCUGACGAAUGUACUUUUUGAGAAAAUGUCUAAGGCUGAGUUGUUUACUCUUGUGCAAAUGAACUUACAGGCUCUCAGUGAAAGACUUUACCAUAAAAAUGGAAAGCAACUAUCGAUAAAUAAUCAUGCAAGCACACACGGGGGGUUAGUUCAGAUAAUGUUACCAGAAAAAGAAGAAUUGAAUCAUAUGUGUUCCGUUAUUGCAAAUAUAUCCACGGGAGUUAAUGAUGCUUUAGAUAUUUGCAUUAAUUUGGUUAAGGAUGCCAUCCAAUAUUCUCUAAUGAAUCAGAGCCGAAAUAACUUUCAUUCUCGUAUUAAACUAUUGAUCUCUUUUAGUACCCUUAAAAGUGUUAUGGCAAAAAGGGAAUCAUCAAAUAUACUAAAAUCAAUUAUGGAACUACCUUUUCUCUUACAAUUGGCUUUAGUCUCAGUGUAUAAAGUGUCCAUCGGUGCUUUGACUAAUAAUGGGGAAGAUAAUUUUAAAAUCAUAAGUCGAGAACUUUUGAAGUUUUUACAUGAUAAAAAAUAUAAAAAUGUAGCAGAAACAUUCAAUAAUUGCAUUCUUUGUUCAUUGGGUGACAUUACAGAUAAACAAAUGUUUUCAGUUGAAGAGGCUGUCACUUUUAUUUCAUGGGGUAAUAUAUUUAUGAACUUGAAGCGUUUAAAUAUGGUCAAGUUAGGGGUUUGCCCAAGAAAUGUUAGCUUGGCAAUUGAUGGAAAGUAUGUUGAAGAGUUUCUUGAGAACUGGCUAACUUAG